AAAGUAAACAAAACAAAAUGUCGUUGGUUGCAGAUUAUAGUGAUAGCGAUUCCUCCGAAUCCGAUGAAGAAAGCAGCUCUGAAUCCUGUGCUAGCGAGGAGGCCCAACCAUCCCCGCCCGCGGAGAAACCGCCGCAAAAGUUGCCCAGUGCCAGCCAAGUUCUUGCCCCAGGAGCGGGCAAGGGCGAUGUGUUCAGCAAUCCCUUCCUGGAGGCAGAGCUGCAUAAGACUGCCUCACUCGAGCGGCACGUGAAAAUGGUCAGCAACGACACGCACCUGCAGCUGAAAAACGGACGCAAGAUCUGCUGGAACUUCCGGAGAGGACGUUGUCGCUUUGGCACCAGCUGCCAGUACGCCCACGACUCCGACUUGUCCGUGGAUGAGGCGGAAGCUGCAAAUGGACCAGAUACGUCAGUUGCCGCUGAAUCUGUCCGGGAGGCUGUAGCGACGGGAAUUACAACAAAGCGCAAACGACCCGGCCUAGGCGAUGCCCUGGAGCCUGGCAAGCGAGUGAUGAAGUCCUACAAGCAACAAAAUAAUCCAAACAAUCCAUUUGCCCGUCGUUAAACCAC